UUAAAGAAUAGGAGAAGCAGUUGAGAUUUCAACAAGUAGCAACUAGGGUUCAUAUAUAACCCUUUUUCUUGAUCCCACUUCCUUCUUUUGCUUCACUCUUCUCCAUACCCCUACAUAUCUGAUACUAUAUAUAUAUAUAGAGAGAGAGAGAGAGAGAGGGGGGGAGGGGGGGAUGAUGAAGCAGCAGAAGGUGAUUUUGGAGAAAAACAUGUCAAAUUUGAGUUCAGCAUCUGCUGAUCUUCAUGCAAACAAUUCUUGUUCAGAGAAUAAAGAUCAAGAAAAUGGAAACCAUCAACAGUCAUACUUUGAGCAUCCUGAUCAUCCAACUCAAAGUCAACCACAACUCAAGAGAAAAAGAAGUCUUCCAGGCAACCCAGAUCCAGAAGCAGAAGUGAUAUCUUUAUCACCCAAGACAUUAAUGGCUACAAACAGAUUUGUGUGUGAGAUAUGUAACAAAGGGUUUCAAAGAGAUCAAAACCUACAGCUUCAUAGAAGAGGACACAAUCUGCCAUGGAAGUUGAAGCAAAGGAACAAGAAUGAAGUUGUGAAGAAGAAAGUGUAUGUGUGCCCAGAAGUGAACUGUGUGCACCAUGAACCAUCUAGGGCUCUGGGUGACUUAACUGGAAUCAAGAAACACUUUUGCAGAAAACAUGGUGAAAAAAAGUGGAAAUGUGAUAAAUGUUCCAAGAGGUAUGCAGUUCAAUCAGACUGGAAAGCUCAUUCCAAGACUUGUGGCACCAGAGAGUACAGAUGUGAUUGUGGUACCCUUUUCUCUAGGAGGGAUAGUUUCAUCACACAUAGAGCUUUCUGCGAUGCACUAGCAGAAGAGAAUGCACGGGCAAUAAGCGGUAUCGACCCGACCAUGAAUCCGGUUAUUCAAAUACCGACCCAUUUCAACGAUGUUCAUCUUCUUGACCUAAUUCAUACCUCUUUGUUAAAGAAAGGAGAGCACCCAUUUCCAACAUGGCUACCACCACCACCACCAUCAUUUGAGCAUAUCAAUGGAUCCGGACCUGGAUCAGGGUCGGGUCGGAAUUCGGGUCAUCAAGCAUUUUUAGCUCAAACUCAAUCCCAAGAACAAGAUCAUGGCAGCCCUAGUAGCACUAGUACAAGUCAUGGUGGCAGUGGGCCCACAUUGAUAACUUACCAUCCAGCACCAUCUGCAUACAUGUCAGCAACUGCAUUGCUGCAAAAAGCAGCUCAGAUGGGUACAAGUCAUCUAAGCAGGCCAGGGACUAGUUUACAAGCUCCAUGUACAACUUCUUCUUCAUCAAUGGCGAUCAGUAGGACCCACCAUCACCAUCACCAGCAAUAUUACCAAGCUCACGUGUCUGCUAACUCUGAAGCAGCUGGUAACAACAAUGGUGGUACACUUCUUGACCCUAAUCAACAACAACAGAUAUUGAUGGGUUUGGCUUCUUUCGGGAAUGUUAAAGAUGGUGGUGCAUGUGCAGGUGGACCCUCAUCAUCAUCAUCGUCCCCACCCCACCAUCAUCCAUAUCCAUCACCUGCUUUUCUUCAUCAUCCCAUGAACAUGAACAUUAACAACAUGAUGAUGAUGAAUCCAGAUGGUUUUGCUGAUGUGUCAAUGUUUGAAGAUGCAUUUAGUCAAAUCUUGGAUGCAAAGAAGGAAGAUGAUGAUCAUGAUCAUCAUGGGAAUCUCCAUGAAAGUCAUCCUUCAUCCAAACUCCAUCAUCAUCAUAUGAUGAUGGAAGAUAACAAGAGUGGCAAUGGUGGUAAUAUUGGAGGUAGGAAUGGGGGCAAUGAAGGAAUGACAAGGGAUUUCUUAGGACUCAAAGCUCCCUCCCAUGAUAGCCAUGGUACCACCGUAACAAAAGCAGGUUUAUAGUACGUCAAAAUUUUUAAGUGUCCUAAUAUAUCAUUUGUAGGACUAAAAGAACUCUAUCUAAAGACGUUAUAAUAAAUUUAUAGAACAUUUUUUGGUAUUUUUACA